GCCCAAUGACGUCAGUGUGUUGAUGUUGUGUUGGUGACGCGGCAGGCAGGCAGGCAGGCAGGCAGUGAGUCAGCGGCGGCGGCAGUAGUAGUACCUCCGGAUCUGGAAGUGCUGUUGGUGUUAAUAUAAAUUAUUCCCCCUAACUACUGGUUUUAUACAAGAAUGGCGCUUCCUGCAGCUCCCAAUCUGCAGUUAAACUCAGAAACACAAAGCAGCCCGAUGAAUGACCCUGAAAAUAACAUUCACAUCGACGAGAAAGAACUGGAAAAUCUAACCAACAAUGAUCAAGACGGUACAGCCCUCCUUCUCCAUUCUCCAUGGACAUUUUGGCUCGAUAGGUCAUUACCUGGAGCUACAGCAGCUGAGUGUGUGUCUAACUUAAAAAAGAUCUACACAGUUCAAACAGUACAGAGUUUCUGGGGUGUUUAUAAUAAUAUUCCUCAAGUGUCUUAUCUGCCUCUGAGGUGCAGUUACCACUUAAUGCGAGGAGAAAGGCGGCCGCUAUGGGAAGAAGAAAGCAAUUCAAAAGGAGGAGUGUGGAAGAUGAAAGUACCUAAAGAAAGUACGACUGUAGUUUGGAAAGAAUUAUUACUUGCUACUAUUGGAGAACAGUUUGCAGACUAUUGUGCAUCAGAAGAUGAAGUAGUUGGUGUCAGUGUUAGCGUCCGAGAUCGAGAAGAUGUUGUUCAAGUCUGGAAUGUAAAUGCAUCAUUUGCAAGUGAAGCAACUAUUUUAGGAAAGAUCUAUGAGCUUCUCCCGCACAUAUCUUUUAAGGCAGUAUUUUAUAAACCUCAUGAGGAACAUCAUGCUUUUGAAGGAGGCCGUUCAAGACGCUAGCCGCACCUUGUAUAAAAUUUACACUUUUGUUGUGUCUUUUGAGUUGAACAUAGAGUACUGGAUCUCACCCUUGCUGAAACAGUACUGGUUUCUUAAAUUGAAACUACAUAAUUUGUGGUAAAAUAUCAAAGCAACCAUCUCAAUUUGUAAAGUUCGACAUAAUGUUACAAUUUAUAAAUUGCUGUAUAUGUUAUUAUAUUUUAAGUGCUAUAGAGAUUUUUUAUUUUUAUUUAACCAUUUCCUUAUGCAUGCCAUUUUACCUAACCAUUAACUCUUUAGGGGCAUUCCUGCUCUUCCAAGUAAGACGUCCAAGUGGUAUUGUUUAAGUACAUUGAUUUUGUAAACAACUUAUAAUAAGUAGAGCACAUGGGUAAGAAGCAGUUCAUUCUAAUGUUCCAGUACAAGUGUGCAUACUCGCUUGCAUACAUUUUAAAUCACGGCCAUUUUAAAUUGUAAUCUUGAGCCAUUCCUAGUGGUAAACAAAUACUGUCUUGCUCCCAUGGGAAGAAAUAAUGCACUGCAGUCUUUUAGUUCACUGGUGUAGACAUUUUAAGUUUUUUGUAAAAGUAUUGCACUGAUUUUUCACAGUGUCAGUAGCACAUAAAUACUGUAUUGGUAGUUGGUGGUUGCUGGUUUGCUCUUGUUUCUCUACUGUGUUUACAGUAUGGUGAUUUUAGUUUAUUCCCUCUGUGAUGCCAAAUAAUUUAAGUAUUUUAACUGGCAUCUGCACAGUAUUCUUUGAAGAUACAAUAAUAACAUUGCCAGUGCUUAAAUAUAACCCCAGUGCGUCUCUUAAUGUGCAGUGGAAUAUAUGAUUUGGUUUAAAUGACUAUUGCAGACAGAGUUGCGUUGGUUAGAAUAGUGUGGUCUUCGUGUGACCUGUUUUACAGCAACUUUCUUUAAUAAAUGUUACUUAGUGUUACAAUAAAGAGUCACUUUUACAUUGCAGAUAUACAUGCUUUCACACUGGUGCCGGUCAUUUUACAUAAAUUGACUGAACAAAACGUAAUGGUGACCUUCACAGAUUCCACUGUGCAAUGUAAGAUCUCGAUUCAAGGUACACUAUGUUCCCCUGCAUGAAAUGUUCAAAUGUUUCAAAGAGUAAACAGUAGUCGGUAUAUUAUAAUUUGUACUGUAUUUUAUAUAAUAAUACCAUGUCAAGAUUGUAGCUCUUUGUUUUGUCACCAAAUUAAAACAGUUUCAUCUAAGGGUAUACUACACCUCGGAUAAAUAAGAUACCUUGCUUGUAUUAGGAAAAACAAUUGGCCAGAUCUAUACUGUCACAGUAUGAGUUUAUAUUGAACAGUGGUAUACAUCCAAAUGCCUCUAUUGUCACCUCAGAUUGGGAGCUGUUUGUACAUAUCGCUGCUAUGUAACCAAAGAGUUAAUGUUUAAUACGUGUUACAUGGUGUAGAAUACAACACUGAAAGGCUAUGAAUGUACACUUGCCCUGCCAAAAUUAUUCCCAGAUAACAUCUAGUUUAAAUUUUUUGCUAUAGGAGUUCAAGACGGUCACAAUUUUAGAUUUCAUUUUGUAAACUUUGAUCUUAAAUAUUAAAACACCCAUAAAAGUGUUCUUGCCACAGACUUUGUACGUUCGAUUUGCAUAUUGUUUCAAAUACAUUGUCAACAUAGGUUAAGGUGAGUUAUGGGAGGCCUGCUUUUUUUAUCACUCGGGUCUAUCAAUGUGAAAAUGCACUAAAGCACAAAAAUGUUAAACAUUGAGUUGAAAGUUAUAUUUUAGUAAACAUACAGUAGGCACAUCAAAAUGUAAUCUAGACGUUUUUUUGUUUUUUUUAAGUACAACAGUUAUAUGAAGCAUCCUUAAAGUAUAGAAAUUGAUGUUUUUUAAUAAGUAUAUAUAAAUAUGUAAUAAGAUAGUUGUCAGAUAUGAGACCUUGUGAAAGCUAAUAAUGUUCAUAAUUUACAGAAUGGUGCCUUGUGUUCUCCCAGGGUUUAAACAUUUAUAGAAUGUGAUGUUUAUUUGAACUUUUUAAUAGUUCUUCUGUAUAUGAAAUAUUUUUUUUUGCUUGUAGGUUUUGAAAAAACAAUUCAAAUAAAAUGUACAAACGUA